UCUCUCUCUCACACACACACACACACAAACACACACACACACACAAACACACACAGUCUUGUUCUUCAUCAUCAUGCAAGCGACUCCGUUCUUACCGGACAUGUUUGAGAAAGAAAGAUAAAACCCUAACUGUGUAAAUUGAAUUUAUACUGAACCAUAAUUCAUAAGCAAAAUCUCAGACAUGUUUACCGACGAAUCUUUUCCCUCUGAUCAUCGAAACCCUAACCCUAGCUCCAUACAAGAAUAUUACAACAACCCUCCAUUUCUCUUCACUAAUAACAACUCCUGCUCCCCUCCACCUUUUCUCGACGAUCACGACUCCCCGUUGAACCAGAUUUUCUUGUUCCACAAGAAACCCCAACCACCACCAUCACUACUGAAAUGCAAUAGUACUAUCGACGAGUCGUCGUCGUCGAAAUUGGAUGAAAAGGAAAAGGAAGUCAAUCGGAUAAUCUCUAGAGGGAACACGAUCUCGCCGUUGAAGAGACGGAACCUCGGCGCGAUUCCGCGGAGGAGAGCGGGGAAGAAGGACAGGCAUAGCAAGAUCUGCACGGCUCAAGGGAUUCGAGAUCGACGGAUGAGGUUAUCUCUUCACGUUGCUCGUAAAUUCUUCGAUCUUCAAGAUACUCUUGGCUACGAUAAAGCGAGCCAGACGAUCGAGUGGCUGUUUAAUCAAUCGAAAGGGGCAAUAAAGGAAUUGGCCAAGAAUGAUGAUCAAGAAAAGAGCCAUGAUCAUGUGGAAGAAUAUUCCGAUUUUAAUAUUUCUGAAUGCGAUGAAGAACCGGGAUCGGGAAUAAUCGAAGAGAAUAAUAAUAAUAAUUUGAUGACGCCAUUUUGCGUUGUUAAAGACGAGAUCGUUAGAAAACCUAGCAAGAGGGAGUUGAGGGAAAAGGCGAGAGCUAGGGCGAGGUGUAGAACACUCGAGAAGAUGAUGAAUAGAUGGUCUAGAUCAAACCCUAGUGACGAGGAUCGUCUUUCGAAAUUAGGGUUUUUUAAUAGCCCUUUUGAAGGUGUUUUUGUUGAUGGCGGUGAUCAAGAAUCGAAGUACGAAACUAAUAACCAAUUUGUUUGUGAUUCGAUUGAUCAUGAUCAAAAGCAGUACUUAGCCGACGUGGGAACGAUCGAGAAAUUGCUGAUGGGGAAUUCGCAGAGUAGUAGUUUCGAUAUGGGAGUUCUUGGAAACUGGGAUGUGUCGAACAACGUUGAUCGAACAAAUUCGAUUAUCGAAUAUGGAGUCUCAACAAUUCAUGAAGAGGAGCCAUUGGCAGGUAAACCCUAAUAAUUAUUCAAUUUACUCGAUCGGUUACCUCGAAAUUUAUUUCCAUGGUUUGAUUUUCAGUAAAUUUCAUCAAUAAUUGCACACCCCUAUUAUUUACUAUAUAUAUUUGUCAGAAGUUUGAAUCCCUUUGAUAUUUCUUGUAUCGGUUUAGGGUUAAUAAUAUUGUAAUCAUCUUCUUGUUGAUUUUCGAUUCCGAUUC